AUGAAGGAGAAGUCCAAGAACGCGGCCAAGACGCGCCGGGAGAAGGAGAACGGCGAGUUCUACGAGCUGGCCAAGCUGCUGCCGCUGCCCUCCGCCAUCACCUCGCAGCUGGACAAGGCCUCCAUCAUCCGCCUCACCACCAGCUACCUCAAGAUGCGCGCCGUCUUCCCCGAAGGUUUGGGAGAUGCCUGGGGGCAGCCGAGCAGAUUAGGCCCCUUGGAUAACAUUGCGAAGGAGCUGGGCUCACAUUUGCUUCAGACUCUGGAUGGUUUUGUUUUUGUGGUAGCAUCUGAUGGCAAAAUAAUGUAUAUCUCAGAAACAGCUUCUGUUCAUCUAGGAUUAUCCCAGGUGGAACUCACUGGUAAUAGCAUUUAUGAGUAUAUACAUCCUUCAGACCAUGAUGAAAUGACAGCAGUUCUAACAGCUCACCAGCCUCUUCAUCCUCAUCUCUUACAAGAGUAUGAAAUAGAAAGAUCUUUUUUUCUGCGAAUGAAGUGUGUCUUGGCAAAACGGAAUGCAGGAUUGACAUGUAGUGGUUACAAGGUGAUCCACUGCAGUGGCUAUUUGAAGAUAAGACAGUACAUGUUGGAUAUGUCUUUGUAUGAUUCCUGUUACCAAAUUGUGGGACUGGUUGCUGUAGGGCAGUCUUUACCUCCUAGUGCAAUAACUGAGAUCAAACUUCAUAGUAACAUGUUUAUGUUCAGAGCAAGCCUGGACUUAAAAUUAAUAUUCCUAGAUUCCAGAGUGACUGAAUUAACUGGAUAUGAGCCACAGGAUCUGAUAGAGAAAACACUCUACCAUCAUGUGCAUGGAUGUGAUGCAUUUUAUUUACGAUAUGCUCACCAUCUCUUGUUAGUGAAAGGACAAGUCACAACCAAAUACUAUCGACUGUUGUCAAAGAACGGUGGCUGGGUAUGGGUCCAGAGCUAUGCCACCAUUGUACACAAUAGCCGUUCAUCACGACCUCACUGUAUAGUGAGUGUAAAUUAUGUCCUAACUGAAAUAGAAUAUAAGGAACUUCAGUUAUCGUUGGACCAGAUUACAAUUUCUAAGUCACAAUUUUCAUGCAGAAACUCAGUAUCUACCUCACAAGAAACACGAAAAGCAACAAAACCUAGAAAUAAUAAAAUGAAGACAAAACUUAGAACAACUCCUUAUCCACAGCAGCAAUACGGCUCCUUCCAGACAGACAAACUGGAAUGUAGCCAGGGUGGAAGCUGGAGAUCCAACUCUACAGCAAAUUCUGCCACCAUCCAAGAACAAGCCUUCCAUUCAGAAAACAGCGAACUUUUAUACACCCCAUCAUACAGCUUACCUUUUUCUUACCAUUAUGGACACUUCCCUGUAGACCCUCAUGUAUUCAGCAGCAAAAAACAAAUGCUGCCUUCUAAAUUUGGGCAGUCUCAAGGAACACCUUGCGAAGUAGCUCGUUUUUUUUUAAGUACACUGCAGACAAGUGGAGAGUGCCAGUGGCAUUAUGCCAAUUCUCUUGUACCAAGCAGCCAACCAUGUAAAAGUCCUCCUGAUCAGCCAGCAAGCACUGUACGCCAUGAUCUCUUACAGGGUUAUGAAGUGCCCCUACCAAACAGAAGAUACAGCCAAGAAAGUGCAUCUGACAGCUUUGCAGGCUGUGCAAACUUAAUAUCCACCAGUAGAUACAAAGAAGAGGUCUAUGAUUCCAACAUUAUAAAACACAGUAAGAUGGAAAGCAGAAUAUACCCUACACAUCAUCAUCAUGACAUUAAAGAAGAGAAUAAGCUAGUUUUCGCCAGAGAUUUACAAGAAAAAAAUCACACUAGUGAGAAGCCCUUCCCAAACUCUUUAGCCACUUCAUUUUUGUCAAAAUCAGAAUGUUUUCAAACUAAAGCUAUUGGACACCUUCUCCCAGUUCCAACUGUAUAUGAACAAACAAGGAGAAUGUGUAUGAAAGAACCAAAAUUUGAGCAUAUUGCCCAUCAUGCAACAAAUCUAGGUGAGAUGGAAACUGAGGAGAGAAUGAUGGGAAAACUUGAUUAUGACUCUGAAAAUGAUCACACAGCGGAUGUAAGGCACACAGGACAAGUUCCAUUUGUACUUCUGAACUAUCAUCGUGUUUUAGCCAAGCAUGGCACAUUUCAGGCUGCUUCGUGUACUACAACAGGACAGGUAGCAGAAAACUUUGGACAUGCUUCUGAAGAGAGGAGUACAUUUUACAAAAACCAAAGUCCCUUAUCAGCCUCCUCCCCAGAGAUUCACAAGGAGCCUCCACUUCCCCAUUAUAUUGGAACUUCUGUAAUAAUAGCUAAUGGAAGGUGACAACAAUACAAACUGGUUUUUAGUGAAAAACAAAUUAAAGCAAACUGUAACGAAAGCAUGAGUAUACAUGGUUCCAGUUAGUGAGCAUGGUUCAGUGAGAUACAAACUUGCAUGCAUUCUUGGCAAGCCAUGUGUAACAGUACCUUUAGGGUCAGAAAGAAGUCUAGCUUCAGUGCUGCAUUGCUCCUGAUUAAUCUGUGCAGUUGACACGACCAGCAAAAAGCCAUGUAAUGAUCUUUUUUAUUUUUAAAGAGUACAACUUAAAUUAUAGGAGCUCUUGAGUACUGAUAUGUUGAUUUUUUCAUAUAAAAUGUGAUCCCAAAAUGGGUUUUGAAUAUAGACAGCCUGACAAAGGAGACAGUACCAUUAUUAUCUGUGAAAGUCUCUUAAAUUGCCUUUAGAUACAUUCACAUCUUGGGAACGUGUUGAGGAUUUGAAUUCCUGAAAUUAAAUCUUUAAUUUUGAAUAUGGAUAUAUUUUACAUGGCAGCCAAGAAUUGGCUACUAUGUGACUACUAUGCAUUGUUAAACAAUUAAAAUCGACCAGCCCAGUAUGCCUGGAAGUAACUACCAAAGAGUACAUUGUUUUUCGCUUUGUAUGGAAAAAGCUAUGGGAAAAAAUAAUUUCAAAAAAGGCUCUCAAAGGUUUUCCUGUUCAUAAAUACACUUUCAAGCUAUAAUAGUAUGUCCAAAAUAGAGAAAUCAAGAAAAAUGUUCUAUCAGUUUGCCUUUAGUAAAGAAAUCUGAAAUCUUCAUUUUCAGCAAACAUUUCCCUUGAUGGAGUUUUGUUUUUCAGUCCAGUAGAUUGUAGAGCUUUUUCAGCAUAUCUAGCUAAUCUAUAGUAAACUGCAUUCAGAAAAAGCACUGAUGAUGGAGAGCGUUAUUAGGCAUCUAAUCUUGUUCUGCAUUUUCAGUAGAGCACAAGCCAUGUUGGAGUUUUUGUUUUGUUUUGUUCUGUAAUGUUGGCUUUUACACAGAAGGAGCCGCUUCACAGUGACAGCUGUCAUCUUUGUAUAGUUGUUGACUUGCACAUUAAAUAGUUUCUUACUUAUGAUAACUUGACAAAAUGCUCCACAAUAUGUAAAAUAGUAUGUAUGAUAAUACACAUUGGCAUUAAAGAUUGUGAGCAGUAGAGUCACGUUAUCUUUUAAUUUGCACUGAUUAGUUCUAUUUCUUAGCAUUUGUUGAAGGCUGAACUACAUUAAAUAGGUAAAAGGACCCAGAUAAUAUCCACUAGAGGUGGCAGCAAAUGGCAGUUUAGCUAUUGUCUUCAGUAUGGCUAAAUCUGAGGUAAAAUUAUUUCCCUAACAAAACAUAUUUAAUGUAUAUUGUGCAAUGUAGAAAACACGUUUUCAUUUACUGCAGUUUUUUAAAUUUUAAUAAAUUGAAAUUAAUAAUAGGCAUUUCUUAAAACUUUUACUGAAUACAGGCAUAGCAAUAAAAUCCAUUAUCUUUUAGAGAUUUAUAACAGUGCAGUCCUAAGCAGUUAUAUCUUUAUAAGUCUGUUGAAGUUCACAGAGUGAAAGUGUCCCUUUAUUUUAAGUCAACAGCCCAGAAAGUAUAAGCCAAGGUUCUGGGUACACAAUUGCUAUAAGAUGCACAACAGUAAGUUAUUUUUCUUCUCUGAAUAAUGUUUGCUUAAGCAUUUCUUUGUUGUCUUGCUUCUUUUGCUCACUCUUCUUUCAACUUGAGAACAAAGUGCUUCCAGAUGAACAGGUUAUCAUUCUUUCAUCUUAGCAUACUCGGAGAAGCUUUUACAGUGUUUCCUAAGUUUGUCUGGGGGGCUGGGGGGCUUAACAUUGUACAGGUUCAAUACUGACUUCACAUGCAGUAUUGGUCCUGUUCUCAUAUAAGGUAUUCUAUUAUACAGUCUGAUGCAUCUGAAAGAGUGAAUAUUUUUGAAGACAUUUAUACCCUCCUUUUUUUCCACAGCGAGAGCUGAAAUUGACAACAUUGUUCUAUUCUAGAGAGAUUUAUUUUCACAAUAACAAUCACCCUGUGUUUGACCCAAAGUCAUGUAGCAGGUAUCUGUAGCAGAGUGUGGACUGAAACUGGGUCUUCCAGAUCUUGUCACAUCAGUAUACUAUAUCGACUCUGAUAACACAUUUUGGGGAACCCAUGACUAUAUAAGGCAGAGCUAUAGACAGCUUAUCAUUCAUGUAAUAAUGUGAAACUCUUCAGUUAAUUUAAAAUAGUGGGUUAGAAUUUACCAUUUAUUAGUGCUGAAACCAACAAGAAUAUUAUGCAAAUUAUAUUCCCUGAAUCCUUGUCAUUGAGAUUAAAUUUUGUUUUAAAACUGCUUAAAAUACAAGGUUCAUCUUCGGUUUCAGUGCAACCACACAUUGGGACUGGGCCUGUGCAUAGGCCUGCUGUUUGGCAACAGGAGGGGGCAUCCUCCUCUCCAGACCAUGAUGCGACGGCUCCUUCCCGCUCAAACUGUCACAUGGUCUGGGGGGUGCUCCAUCUCCAUUCAGUUCAUUUUUUGCCACUGUUUGGCAGAGAUGUCCGUUGUGAGUUUUUACCCUCUCUUGCUGAAUUCACUUUCCUGUGGUGGGUUUUGUUGGCCCAGUGUGCCCAGCUGAGGUAGCUUUUGCUAACAUAGUCUCCCCUACUUUACUUAUUCACUGGAUGGGGUUCGUCUGCCAUGGCAUCCAAACCAAUGUUUAAGAACUGCACCCAGUGCUCUACCAACAUGACAUAGAGAUGAGCAUGACUUUUGCCUCCUAUGCUUGGGAGAGGCACCCAAUGUCCAGGCUUGUUGGAUUUGCCACGCUGUCGCCCCUAAAGCCCACUUGGAUAGAGCAUUUCAUCUCAAAGUGGCACUUUGGGAGAAGACUUUAUCCAUGGGCACCCCCCCCCCUCCCCCGGAUGGUCCCAGUACUCCCAGUGUUUCUUCCUCUCACUCAGCACCACCUCUGAGGACUUUGUCCAUUCCACCUGCUGAUCUGAACCGUUCACCCCACUUGGUUCUGUUGGAUCCAUCCUCCAUUCCAUCCAAGCAUGAGAGUUCAGCAGAUUUUAUUGCAACUUUGUCUAAAUGCUCCAUUCCAUCCAGCACUACAGAACUGUUUACUAAGAAGAAGCCAAAAAGGAUAAGCACAGUUCCAAGAAACACAGGGAGCUUCUGGCUGCGCUUCAGCUCCCUACUCCAGAGGAGACAUUCAUUAACCCCAAGGACUCUAUUCCUGGGAUCUGAGUCCCCAGAGCCUUUACUACUGGAUCCCAUUUCUGGGGUGUUGCCUGAUCCAUCAACCCCGCUUUCCCAACCAAUGAGACAACAAGCCCCUUGGCCGCAGGGUUUUCCCUGAUAUACUGAAGCCUCCAACCCCAGCUCCACCUAGAGGCUUUCUGGGCAAUCAGAGUGUGUUUCCCUUCCAGCCUGCUCCUUCCUCUACAGCUGAGUUUGAGGCAGAGAAUGGAGAAGUCAAGGACUCCUCCUGCUCAGGAAGCCUUGUUAGCACCUCUCCUGAUAAUGACCUGAGUGACCCUGAUCCUGUUUCACUUAGCAAAGACUUGAGACUCUACAGUGAACAAAUGCUCAGGAUGGCCAGGGCACUGGACAUUGAUGUUGCCAGUUCUGCCACCAGACCUAAGGACAAGAUCCUAAGUAGACAGUAUUCAGGAUUUCCUGGUGUCAUCGCCUUUCCUAUUCUAGAGGGCCUUUCAGACCUCACAUUGCCUUCAUGGCUAAACCAA